GCGGCGGCGGCGGCGCCCGCCGGCGGCCAGCCCGAGGCCGCGGCCAACACCAAGUACUACAUGAAGAACGCCGUGUUCUCCAUGCUGUCGCUGUACCUGGCGCACCAGUUCGCGGGCUACAUCUCGAACCGCGAGGACCCCGUGGCCUGCGAGCUGCACGUGAACGACCACUCGUGGUUCGGCGAGAGGCGCUACGAGUCGCUGCGCUUCUUCGACCCCAAGCACACGCACCACGAGACGCAGUACGUGGCCAUGCGCGACGGCGCCGACCUGGCCGUGGACACGUACCUGGCCGACUACCUUUGGGACAAGCAGCAGAAGGUGCCCACCGUGCUCUUCCCCACGCGCCACGGCCGCGGCUACACGCUCGACUUCCCCUUCAACAUCUUCACGCGCUACGAGCGCAAGUUCACCAACCCGCGCGUCAACGCCUACGUGCAGCGGUUCGUGACCAACGGCUACGCCUGGGUCUCGGUGGACGUGCGCGGCACGGGCGCCUCGGCCGGCACCAAGGAGUUCGACUUCGCCGACGCCGAGGUGCAGGACGCGUACGACGUCAUCGAGUGGAUCACGCAGCAGCCCUGGAGCAACGGAGAGGUGGCCACCUUCGGCCAGGGCCUGGACGGCGUCGGCGCGCUGCUGGUCGCGGCCAGCGGCCACCCGGCGCUCAAGGCCGUGUCGGUCAACAGCGCGCCCGUGGACGUGUUCCAGGAUGCGCUGUUCCCCGGCGGCGUGAAGAACGACAAGGCGCUGAGCGACUGGGCGUCGUUCACGGGCGCUACCGACCGCCAGAUCCGCUGGGACUCGAUCCCGACCUUCAAGCCGCGCCUCAUGCUCAAGCACUUCGGCGGCAACGUCUACCGCGUGGACGAGGACGACGCCAAGUUCGACAACUACAUCUACCAGCACACCAAGAACGCGGACCUCGCGCAGGAGCUCAAGGACGUGCGCUUCCGCGACGACAAGCUGGCUUCUGUGGGUGUCACGGCCGAGCAGCUGGACGCCAUCCGCCACCUCGGCGCCAUCGCUGCGUCCGGCGUGGCCCUGCAGACUUCUGCCGGUUUCUUCGACAUGGGCGUCGCGCGCUCCAGCAUCCUGCUCUUCAAGUACCUGACCAACACGCUGGACGCCGACAUUGCGUCGCUGCUGCCGGAGCUGCCCAAGGAGGCUCUGGAGGCGAUCGAGAAGGACGCGACCCACCACCGUCUCACGCUCGGCCCGUGGAGCCACGUCGGUGUCGACAACGCCGACCCGUUCGCCGUGUCCAAGCAGAAGUGUUUCUACCACCUGGACGAGGUGAGCCGCUUCUUCGACCACCACAUGUACGUCAACCGCCGCAAGAUCACCAAGCUCGAGGACGAGCUGCCCGUGCACUACUUCACCAUGGCGCACAACCGCUGGAAGGAGUCGAGCUCGUGGCCGCCGGCCUACCUGAGCGAUGAGGUGCUCUACCUUGGCGCUGGCCAGGAGUUCCAGGCCGAACCGGAGACGGAGGCCAACGAAGUGACCCGCAACGUGACCAUCAAGCCCUCGCUGGACGCUGUCUCGCGCUGGGAUAUGCUGGACCACCUCUUUGGUCUGCGUCCGAUGUACUACCACGACCGCGCGCCGCUGGCCGACCAGUACACGACGUUCCUGACGCCGGAGCUGCCGCUGACGGAGAUCACGGGCGAGGCCGAGCUGCGCCUCUUCUUCUCGGUGGACAAGCCGGACGUGAACCUCGUGGCCUACCUCGAGGACGUCGACUACACGGCCCCGUUCCCGAACGAGAACAAGCGCCCCGGUGUCACGUACAUCACGGAGGCGCUGCUCAACCCCGUGCACAAGACCAUCCGCCCGGACUCGAGCGUGCACUCGUUCAAGCGCGCGGACUCGCGCGAGAUCGUGCCCGGCCAGGUCUACGAGGCCGUCUUCCGCUUCGAGCCGACGUCGUACGUGGUCAAGCGCGACCACCAGAUCCGCGUGUCCGUGGGCGUGACCAGCCCGCCGGACUUCGGCUCGGCCGGCGAGAAGGAGGCCACCAAGCUCACGAUCCACUUCGGCGGCACGUACCCGACAAAGCUCACGCUGCCGUCGUACACUGGCAUCUACAACGCCAAUAUCGUGCCGCGCGUGGAGGCGGUGGACGACCUGGAGAGUAUCCCGACCGAGUCCACCGAGAAGCCUGCGGAGGAGGAGGCCGUGGACGAGUUCGCCGAUGAGCCCCAGGCCAAGGACGAGCUGUAGGUUUGUAUUAGGCACGAGCCAUUCAGUGUCAGUGAAGGCGCUGCAGUCUCAAGUACAUAGAUCGAUGAUUGGUAAGCUUU